UGAUGCAUGAAGCAGUGACGAACGUCGAACGCAGUUGCAUUUCAUGAAUACAUGCAUGCAAGCUGCAUGAUACAAACUCUCCAGACUACUGAUUUCCGAAGGACAUGACGGUGAAUACUUUGGAUAUUGUUUGUUGCCAAAAUGCUGCGUCUUGCUAGCUUGUCGACGCGCUCCUCUACGAAGGGCGUCAAGGGCCGUGCAAGUUGAGGGCGCCAGAUAUGCACUCUGGGUCGGAUUUCACCAAGCACAACUGUAAUAUAGCAUGACCAAUCCUCGCAUCUCUCGGCAGCUAUGCCGCAUGCACGGGACCAAGAAACAUUAUGAACCCGUUCCACCACUACCCGUACCACCACUAAGUCAAUCUCUCGAACGCUAUGUCAAUGCAUUGAAACCACUUAUCCCCGACGAAGAAUCGCUGAGAAAAACUGAAGCCCUCGUGAGAGAGUUUGGUGCCGACAAUGGUGAGGGGCCGAAGCUACAGAGCUUGCUGCUGAAGCAUGCCGAGGGCAAGGACAACUGGCUGACCGACUGGUGGCUUGAUGUAGCAUACUUGACAUUCCGUGAGGGCAAUCCCAUCAAUGUCAGUCCAGCCAUCGCUUUCCCGCGUGCACAGAACAUACUGACACAGGAUGAUCAACUGCAGUAUGCAGCGAAGAUCGCUCAUCAUGCCGUCAACUUCCGCAAUCUUAUCAUGUCCAAGACACUCACACAGGAGGGUGCCGGAAAGAUGCACUUCUGCAUGUCGCAGUACGACAAUCUGUUUGGCACGGCCCGCGUGCCUCUGGCCGGCAAGGACGGGCAAACACUACUCGCUAAGGAUCCCAAGCAUCGGCAGCACAUCAUCGUUGCCCAUAACAACUCGUUCUUCAUCGUUCCGAUCUGUCAUGAGGACGGACGGCCAAUGUCAUCAGCACAGAUCUACGCCUCUCUGCAGCAGGUGGUCAGUGAGUCACCACGUACAGAGGUGCCAGAUGUGCACCAGUCCAUUGGUCUGCUGAGCUCCGAGCAUCGCGACACAUGGGCGGGCGCUUACGACAGCAUCAUCAAGCAUGACCCGCAGAAUCGCCAGAACUUCGAGGCCAUCCAGAACUCUCUGUUCCUUGUGGCGCUCGAUCAGGACAAUCCGGGACUGCCGACCGUUGGCGAACCGGAGAAUCGCUCGCCGUUCGUACACGAGGGCCGUACGAGGCUUGCCGAGCGAGGUCUGCACGGUGGUGGAACGCACGCCAACAGCGGUAACCGAUGGUUUGACAAGACCCUGCAGUUCUUUGUGUCGUCUGACGGCGGAGCUGGUUGCAUCAUCGAGCACUGUGCAGCCGAGGGCCCAGCCGUUGUUCGUCUCACUGACUACUGCAUAUCCAUGAUUGAGAAGGACACAGAUCGGCUGAGACCUGACCCUGACUUGCCACACGACGUACCACGCGUGGAGAAGCUGUCCUGGAAGCUGUCAAAGGAGCACGGAGAGACGAUUAUCCAGGCGGGCCGCAACUUCAAUGCUCAGAUUGAACGGCUGGACCUGAAGAGCUGUGAGAUGAGUCGCUUCGGCAAGGAGGCUAUCAAGGCAGGUCGCCUGAGUCCGGACGCUUUCAUCCAGGUCUCCUUCCAGCUAGCAUACUACCGGAUGUAUGGUUGCAAUGCUCCCACGUAUGAGAGUGGUUCCAUCCGGCGCUACAGUCGUGGUCGUACGGAAACGAUACGCUCGGCUUCGGUUGCGUCUGAUGCGUUUGCUCGUGCAUGUGCCAAAACUGACGAUGUGUCCGUGGAGAAAGCAGAGCUGUUACGUCAGGCUGUGCUGGCACACUCAGAGUACUCUAAAUGGGCUGUCUUUGGGCAAGGAUUUGAUCGUCAUCUGCUCGGCCUUCGUCUGAUUGCCAAGGAGAACGGUAUUCCAAUGCCGCCUGUUUUCGAGGAUCCCAACUAUUGGGAGAGCCUGAACUUCCGCCUGUCUACUAGCCAGGUGCCGUCGGCACACGAGAGUUUCUUGUCGUUCGGCCCGGUGGUUCUGGACGGCUACGGCCUGUGUUACAACCCGCGCCCAAACUCCGUUCUGAUGACCAUCUCGUCGUUCCGAGACUGUCCAACAACGGACACACAGACGUUCGCCGAACACCUCGAACAAUCGAUGUUAUUCAUGCAGCGUCUUCUACCACUGGUGCCCAAGCCAUCCAAGCUCUAAACUGAGUCCCCGUGGUGUUCAUGUGUGUACUCCAUGCGCACCGUUGUACGCUGUGUUCGUAUGGUCAUACUUCGUAUUGGGAGUGAGUGAAGGCGACGUGGCGUUAUCGUGUGAAGACGACGCCAUACACAUGGGAUUGCGCUGUCGAUUUAGAACGUGCCAGCGUCUCUGCUACAUGCAUUGGUUGCGUUGAUGGCUGGACCUGACCGGACGUCUUUCUCUUGUUGCUGUUUGUUUUAGCCUAGCGCUGUCCCAACCUUGCAUUCGCCCUGCACGUAUGCAAGGUUUCAUUAUGAGUAUACGUGUAAUAGUAGUUAUUGUUCAUACCUAUACAGCUCCAGGUGCUUGCUUCCGUUGAUUUGCUGAUGUGCCAUCGCUCGAUUUUCCUUCUACUGCACGCUGCCUCUACAUGACGAUAGACGGGAGCACAAUGUGACACGCACGCACACACGCGCACACACACACACACACACACACACACACACACACACACACACACACACACACACACACACACAUAUACACACACACAUGCACAAGAUUCAAGCAUUGCUCCCGACUUACAAAUCCAAUGGCACGUGCCAGAAACCGUCCUUAUUACCAAAGGUACAUGAACUGUAUAGGCAGCAUAUCCUAUGCAUGUAUGUAACAUGAUUAGACGUAUUUUCCUUCCAUACUAGUAAUCAUCAAUGGCCUUUUGUAGGUUCAGAACUAAAUUUCCAUUUAUGAUCAAUUUCUUGAGAAUUCCUCUCCUCGCAUCUUGGACUUGUAUCCACUGUACUAUAACUGUUAGCUUCUUGGCAUUGAUUGCGUUCUGAUUUUCCUCUCCCCGUAUGUUUCUACUUUGACUUCCCAUGCUGCAUUUCUAUUUGCGCUGAUCGCUGCUGCUGCUGCUGCUGCUGCUGCUGCUGCUGCUGCUGCUGCUGCUGCUAUUCUUUUGCUCUGUAUGUACAUGUAUGAACAUUACAUUUUGUUGAGUUCCCCGGCACGCUCUCUCUCGCGAUUGACUUACACUAACUUACUUAUCCAUAAUCUCUAUGUGCAUGUCCUUCGAAGCAUCCCUUGUUCUCAUCCUCGUGCAGUCAAUAGUCUACCGGUAUGCUGUGCUCUCCCAUCAGUCGGCCUACAUGCGGUGCACUCGAUAGCACGGACAGAAUGGUACCUUGGUGUGGCUACUGG